CAGAGUGCGAGUGAACGACACGACGAGGACCAGAAAGCUCUCCGCACGCGCGCCGCCGCCGCCGCCGCCGUCGCCGCCGCCGUACUCCUCGUCCUGCUGCUCUCGCGGAACCCUUCGUCUUUGCUGCCUCAGUACGCCCGCAUUCAACCUGUCAGCUCGCGGCUGUCUGCGCUCCGUCCGUGGCCCCGCGCGCUAGCUGUUCGGGAGAAUGCCACUGAGGAGUUCGCUUCGGGCUUAGGCGCCCUGUGCUGUUUCAUUUCAGCUGUGUUUUGUUCGAUCGAUGUCGAUCGCCAAGCGGUACGUGCUGCGCCUGUUCAUCUCGCUCAAGUACGUGACGGCGAACGUGGUGGACCGCCAGAGCGGGCGCGUCGUGGUGACCGCGUCCUCUGUGGAGAAGCCCCUCCGGGACGGGCUCGAGUGCGGCCGCACCUGCAACGCCAAGGCCGCCGCUGCCGUCGGGGAGGUGCUCGCCAUGCGCCUCAAGGUGGACGGCCUGGCACGUGAGCCCAUACACGCUGACGCCACCAAGGAGGUGGAGAAGAAGGGGUUCAAGAACCGCACCAAGGUCUGGGCCAUCCUCAACGCGCUGCGCGAACACGGCGUCAACCUCCGCCUUGACGACGACGGCGAUCAUAGGCCACACGUCUGAUGGGCGACACUUCAUUCGGUUCUGAAUCUUCAGCAUGUCCCUGACCUUCUCGAGUUCCCUGAUCUUCUGCUCGAUCAAAGGCAAGCUCUGAUGGUUUGAUUGAACUAUUGGUGGUACUGAGUCCCAGGACAUAUGAUCUUGUAUUGGUAGAGCUGAUGGUGUAUUAUGUGCACCCUUAGCAUUGGAACUGCUCCCUAGAACCAUUAUCAGUUUCUGCGAGCAAAGCAGAGCUACCAGUUCAGUUCAGAAAAUCAAUAGUGGAAGCGUCUAGGUCAAUAAUUUAGAAACUGUAUCAAGGUUCUGUUGAUCUGACAGAUUCUAACUUCGUGUACUGUAACCCUAUAACUUUGGCAAGUUCUUCUUUCUGCGGUUUGAUUUAUGUUUACAUUUCCUGUCAUUCCUAGUGCAUAUCAAGUUACAUCAACUAAACAGAUUCAGUUUGAAAACCAAGAACAUGCAUGUCA